GGGGGUGGAGAGGAGAAAGGUGCGUUCAGCCCGUUAGCUUUUGGAGAAGUCUCCUGAAGAAGCCUGCCCCUCCAGCAACCAUUCUGAGACUACUCAGAAGAGACUUAUGGUAUGGGACCAAACCCCAACAAGUAAUUGCCUCUGGCUCACUGACGUCAGUUAAUGACUGGACUUUGCACCCAAAAGCGAGUUAAAAACUAAAGACGGUUGAGGGGAAGUCAUUUCCUCCUUGGAGAGCCCGGCAAGAACGUCUAAAAUGAGAGCCCUUGCUCACCUCACUCUUAGCCUCGUUUUUGCAACCUCGGUUGUCCAGUCAGACACAACCAACCUCACUUCAGCUAUGAAUACAUCUACCACCAUAACAACUCUAUCUGCUACUCCAACAACUCCGUCUACUACUCCCACAGAAGUGUCAUCUACUGAUCCCACAAAAUCUCUGUCAUCUACUACCGCUUCCACAAAAGCGCCAUCUACUUCUCCCACAAAAUCUCUGUCAUCUACUACCGCUUCCACAAAAGUGCCAUCUACUACUCUCACAGAGGCGCCAUCUACUUCUCCCACAAAAUCUCUGUCAUCUACUACCGCUUCCACAAAAGGGCCAUCUACUACUCCCACAAAGGUGCCAUCUACUGAUCCCACAAAAUCUCCGUUACCUACUACCACUCCCACCACACCAACUCCACCCACUUCCACGGUUCCUGUAUCAAGUCCAGUUCCAGCCUCCACGGUCACACCUACAGAAAAUAAAACAAACACAACUGCUAAAACAACACCUAUAGCUGCCACUAACACCACCCCCCCUGGAAGUGGCAAUUUGGGUUCAACUGCUCCUUCUCCAACAAGUAAUGGAUCGACCAUCACCCCAGGCACACAGAAUAUUUCCUCAGAGGCUGUUACUCCAGUGACUUCUGACAGCAUCACUUUGUCCACAAUCAGCACCCCAAACCCCAGUUCCACAGUUCCCAUCAAUCCUUGCCGAAGAGAUUCCUGUCAAGGUGAUUCUUCAUGUGUUAGCCUGCACAAUACCCAUUUUUGCCUGUGCUCAUUGGGAUAUUACUAUAACUUUUCCACCUGCAGAAAAGGAAAGUUAUUCCCUGGAACUAUUACAGUGAGAGUAUCAGGAACAUCUGGUUUGGAAGAUGGAAAUUCUAUGGCCUAUCAAGAAUUACAUAUUCGAAUUACUGAUUUUUUUAAAAGCACAUUUGCCAAUUCUGAUUACGGACAGACUGUGAUCAAUAAAGUAAGCAACUCGUCUUCAGCAAGAUCAGAGAUGCGUGCUGGCAACAGUGCUGUUGUGGUUGAGGUCUUAAACAUCUUCGCAGAAACUACAAAAGAAAACGAGAAGACUGUGUAUGAAUCAAUUAUAAAUGCAAUUCAAAACAACGCAAAUUAUAUGGGAUACAGUGCUCGAAGUCUGUGUGAUUAUUACGGUUGUGAACCAGAGAACGAGCAAGACAACUGUAACAAUAGUUUGCUGUGUAAAUGCAAGCAGGGGAUGGAAAGACCUAAUGCCCAGGUCCCUGUGUGUGUGGCUUCUGCUGUCAGGUGUCCCGACACUUGCAAUGCAGACCACAAUAAGCAAUGCUUAGUGAACAAGAACACUGGGAAGCCUGAAUGCGUGUGCCUGCCAGGCUACAAGGAGAGUGAUGGUGGGAUCUGUCAAGAGUGCGCGUUUGGUUACAGUGGAGUUCGCUGUGAAGACCAAUUUCAGCUGAUCCUCACUGUCGUGGGCAGCAUUGGCGGCGCCCUCAUUCUCUGCCUGGUGAUCGCACUGAUUGUCUUAGCAAGCUCAAAGAACAAAAACAAGAAUAUUGAAGAAGAGAAUUUGAUUGAGAACGACUGUCAAAAUCUGAGACUGCAGCAGACGACGACAGGCUUCAGCAAUCCCGGAGCAAAUGGGAGCAUCUUCCCUAAAGUCAGGGCAAAUGUCCCUGGUCAGCCACAGAAUCCCUACGCGCGCCAGAGAAGCGAGCCUUGCCCUGACUACUAGAAUGGUAACAACUGGGGACCCUCCAUGGCCCUCGACCCCGU